UGUCAUAGAAGAGAAAUAAUAUUUUGUCCUGAAUAAUGGAACAGAACCACCAAAACCGAUGAUGGACACAUUACUUUUCGUAAAAGAAAGAAAAUAAUCAUUUUGUUUAGUGUACAAAUGAGUAAAUAUUAUGUUUUCAAAAAUAAGUUUGUUAAUACAGAACUAAAUAGAGAAUUAAUAUAUAAAUUAGAGAAUAGUCCAAAUAUGAAGCCGUUUUCUUAUCUCCUUGAUUAGAUUUUAAUCAAAAUUACUUGAAGUUCCUGUUUAGUUAUCAAUGAAAGUAAUGAUUUAGAAACAACCGUGUGUGCGAAAUGUCUAUUUCUACCUGUAGUGAAGAAGACGAUGUGUAUCCACUCCACGAGAGUAUAUUUAUUGGUGAUGUUCGAAAGCUCUCGUCGUUACUAAGAAACCAUGAUGUGGCUCGUAAGGACAAACAUGGCAAUACGGCUCUGCACCUGGCCGUCAUGCUGGGCCGCAAGGAGUGCGUACAGCUCCUGCUCGCACACAGCGCGCCGGUCAAGGUUAAGAACCUCGCAGGCUGGUCUCCCCUGGCAGAGGCGAUCAGUUACGGUGACCGUCAAACCAUAUCAUCUCUGGUGCGCAAAUUGAAGCAGCAAGCGCGAGAACAGAUGGAACGCCGACGACCUGAUCUUAUUAGAGCUCUAGCUCAAAUACAAGAUUUCUAUAUGGAACUCAAAUGGGAUUUCCACUCAUGGGUACCUCUAGUCUCCAGAAUAUUACCCUCAGACGUUUGCAAAAUUUACAAAUCAGGUUCUGGAAUCAGAUUGGAUACAACUUUAGUAGAUUUUACUGACAUGAAAUGGGAAAGGGGAGACAUAUCUUUUAUUUUUCAAGGAGAGAAGCCACCUAGUGAGUCACUCACAGUUUUAGAUAACAAAGCUAAAGUGUACCAACGAGUACGUUACGAAGAAACAGAAACUGAAAUAGAAGAUGAAGUAGACAUACUUAUGUCUAGUGAUAUACUAGCCGCACAGAUGUCCACCAAAGGAAUUUCUUUUACAAGGGCUCAAUCUGGCUGGAUAUUCAGAGAAGAUCGCAAAGAAACUGUUGCAGGAUUGUACAGAAGUGAUAUUUACACCAUCACGGGUCUUGUAUUAGAGUCACGUAAAAGAAGAGAACAUUUAUCAACAGAUGAUUUACAAAAAAAUAAGGCAAUAAUUGAAAGCUUAACUAAAGGAAAUACACAGAAUUUGGAUACAAACGGGGAACCUACUAGGCGUGCUUCAUUAAAUCCUCCUCCUGAAAGUAAUAUUGAUUGGAGUACAUACAUAUCAUCACCUCCAGGGCUUUACCCCAGUCUAGGAAGGGAGCUUGUAUACAAGGAGUCAUCACGAAACUUCCGAGCCACUAUAGCCAUGAGUGAUGACUUUCCUCUUAGUGUGGACAUGUUACUGAAUGUGCUUGAAGUGAUAGCACCAUUUAAACAUUUUGCUAAGCUACGACAAUUUGUAGCCAUGAAAUUGCCUAGAGGUUUCCCAGUUAAAAUUGAUAUUCCAAUAUUGCCAACAGUGACAGCUAAAAUAACAUUUCAAAAGUUUGAUUUCCGAGAGGAUAUAGCUCCUGAUCUAUUUAUCAUACCUGAUGACUUCAUAGAAGACCCGUUGCGAUUCCCUGACUUAUGACGCUUUGAAAUUCUAACACUGUUUGCAGUUGAUGAAAGGCCUAAUUGGCGGCGUGAGGUUAGGCGGCGCCGAGUCAAGCGGAAGGCACGACACAGGCCUAUAAGGAAUAGCCUACUCUCAAUUGAAUUUCCAAUACCAAUUGGUCUGGGCAGCUACUAUUCCAGCCAUUGUGUCCUUUUUGUUGAAUAGCUAAAUUUCUAUGUAGGAAUGUUAAAUUUGUGGUGAAUUGUCCUGUGUAUGUAAUAUUUUUGGUCAACAGUGUUAGAAUGAGAAUGUAUUCUACCUUUGUUGUCUAGUUACUGAAAGAUAUGGCUCAUGUUUUGCUUAUAAAUUUUAAAUUGUUUUUAAUUUAUUUUUUACUUUUGUAUAUUUUUAAACAACUUAUUUCAUUUCAGACAGGAAAUAUGGUAUCUAAUGUAACCUUUAUGUAUUUUUUUAACUUUUUUAAAUAUGUUGAGGUUUUAGUAAUUGCAAACUUGAAAUGUUAUUUAUUCUCACAAUAAAUUAUUUAUUUAAAUAAUGUUAAAGCACUCAGAAACUGGCCUUUAGAAAAACCUUUAUUAUUAGCACCUAUUAACUAUGUAGUUCGAGGCCUACAGCCAAUGUGAGGCCUUGAGUAGAUGUCAUGAGUGCACAGAUCAUUCAGGUACUAAUUUAGAUGUAUUACAUUUUUCGGACUGGAGCUUUUAAACUAAGUCCCAUAUGUUUUCAAAACAAGACAAUGCUCAUUAAUUUGUAGAUUGGAGCUUGUGUGGUGAUUUAGUAAAUAAGUAAUUACAUAAGGUCCAUCCAGCCACUUUCCAUGUAGAAUACCAUACCUAUUUGUAUACACAUUAGUUAUUGAGGAUUUAAGGCUAGGAACUGCCACUUCAUUUUGUCCUUGUGCCUUCAGCAUGCUGUAACUUGAAAACUUAAAUAUGCUUGACCUUUAUUUUUUGUUUCGUUGUUUCUUUGUAUUCAAUUUAGUUUCAUAAAUCACGUUAAUUAAAAUAACUUAGUCAAUUGCCACAUAAAUAACAAAUUAUUUAUGUGUAAUUAUUACCACAGGUGUUCCUUUGUAAAUAUCAAAAUUCAUGUAUCUGAAUUUGAACUUUAGACCAACUAAAGUUUGGAAGCACAGAAUGUACUUAUUUUUACUGAAUUAAGCACAUAGUAUAAAGUAGGAGCCAGAUGCUUUUGUAGUGAAUUGCGCAAUAGUUUCCUAAUCGUAUUUAGUAUUUUGACAAUAACUCUGAAAUGACAAUCCCACCAAAAAUUAAUUUUGAUUUACUUAAGAGAUAUAAUUAUUUCUUGCCAAUAGUUAAGCCAAUAUAUAAAGACAAGAAUAUGUGACGAUAAACCUGUAAAACUGAAAUAGUGAAAAAAGAAAUGUUGUAAUAAAAUUUAAAGUAAUA